UCGCUUGUCGAGGUAUCUGUGUAGGCCUUUGUAAUUCAUUUGUUUGUACUGUGAACUCCUUCUGCGAUGAACAAAAGCAAAGCCAGCGGCGUGUCGUGGGUAAAACCAGCGGAACCAUCUUUUCUGAAGAAGUUUAAAAGUGAUGUUGGUUAUAAAGAAGGACCGACUGUGGACACGAAGCGGCAGGCAAUGCCAACAUUGGAUGAUGACAGCGGAAGUGAUCGGGACGAUGAGUUACCUCAGGUUGUAGUCCUGAAAGGUGGAGACCUGACUGCAGAUGAUGUAAAGAAAAUCAAGGGUGAAAUCCGCACAGGAGGUGGAGCAGAUAAAGAUGAUAAACCGCCUCCUGAUGGUAAAAUUCUGUUCAAGAAACCAGCCAAGCGCUCCUCCUCUGACAAAUUCCAGGGCAUCACUGCCAGCUCCAGCAAGAAGAAGAAGAAGAGUGAUGGAGAAGAGAAAGAGGCGGAGGUGGAAGAGGAGAAGGAAAAGGAAAAGGAAAAGGAGAAGGAGAAGGAGAAGGAGAAGGAGAAGAAGGAGGUGAAGUCUGGAAAAAAAGUAAAAAAUAACAGCCUCCUGUCCUUCGGGGGAGACGAGGAGGAAGAGGAGGAUUAAAUGUUACUGAUAAGACUCAUAAACCUCUGUAAAAGAGAGAAAUCAAAGUGAACAUUAACGGUAAAAUGUUUCAUGUUAAUGACAGACAAGAACAGACAUGUAUAGCAGAAGAUUGUCUGGAGUUCAUCCCGUUGUGAAGCGCCUCCAUUCUGUAGUUCAUUUUCAAGGAUAAUGCGAGUAGUUUUGCAUCUGUUAGCCCGUCGACGACAACGAGUCUUUACUGUAUAUAACUGAUGACUGUCUGUGAGUUUACUUUUACAGUGAAAUGAAACCUAUCCAAGAUUUGAAUAGGGCAACAACAAAAAAAAAUCAGUCACAAUGAACAUCUGUCUUUUUGCAUUUCUUAGUUUCACUAUGUCUGUACAGCAGUACGGAAACAGUUUUUAGUUCUGAAGUGAAAAACACAGAAGUCAUGUUCAAGCGGAUACUUUCAAGGUGUUUCUCAAAACUUUGGAUUGGCAUUCUGUGCCAAGCAAACUAUGCAACUCAAUCUGAUACAUGGAAGCUAAGAAACAACAGAUACAACAAAGAAGUGCACUGAUUAAUCUUUGGUUUUACACUGACCCGUGAACUUCAUCACCUGGGUGAUUAAAAUGGUGAACGCUAACUUUUUUUUAUACCGGUUAGUAAAAUUGAUUCUUUUUUUUCUUCUCUACUUCGUGUUCAUGAUAUCUCUUCUGUUGUACUACAGUUAUAAACUUUUAAAGACUUGUCUUCCUGAGUUCCUGGUGCCUUCCACUUAAGGGAACAAAAAAAACAACAAUCUUUUCCACAAAAACAAUAGAUGCUUUGUACCACAGGUAUAGGACAUUCAACCCCUGAUCCUAGAAGGUUUCUAGACAUCACUGCAGAUUUUUCUGCUCCUCAUAUAAAGGUCAACACACUUUAAAUACUCCUCAGAUCCAUUCAUUCAAAUUGAGAUGCUUUUGAUGAGACAUCAACUCUUGUUCUUGUGCACUGCCCCAUGACGUCAUCAGAUGUGUUCUUAUUGUUGUGUAUUUACUACAUUCAAUGGUGUAUUGGAUGUAUAAAUAUAUCCUAGCUUCGACCAAGGAGCUGUAUAACUAUGUAGUAACAAUGCAUUCUUGUCAAUGCAGUCGUAUGAUUUUUAAAAUGUGAAUAUGAUUUUAUUGUGUGUAUUUUUAGGAAACGUUUGUGGCUGUAACAUUUGAAAUAUGAAACAUUAAAUCAGCUCUCUGACAUCCUG